GUAGCUCUAGAUCAGCAGAACACUGCAAGAAAAUGAACCCGGAGCGGGAUCUCACCCCGCUGACCGCUAACAUCGUGCGGGCACUCAAUGAUAAAAUGUAUGAGAAGAGGAAGGUAGCUGCGCUGGAGAUAGAGAAACUUGUGCGUGAGUUUGUUGCCCAAAAUAACACUGCUCAGAUUAAGCACGUGAUCCUGAUACUGUCCCAGGAGUUUGCUCUUUCUCAGCAUCCCCACAGCAGGAAGGGUGGGCUUAUCGGGCUGGCAGCUUGCUCCAUAGCGCUGGGAAAGGACUCUGGCCAGUACUUAAAAGAGCUGAUUGAGCCAGUACUCACUUGUUUCAAUGACUCAGACAGUCGCCUGAGAUAUUACGCAUGCGAGGCCUUGUACAACAUUGUUAAGGUGGCUCGUGGCUCUGUCCUUCCACAUUUCAACGUUUUGUUUGAUGGGCUGAGCAAGUUGGCUGCUGAUCCUGAUCCGAAUGUGAAGAGUGGCUCUGAACUGCUGGACCGCCUGCUGAAGGAUAUUGUGACAGAAAGUAACAAGUUUGACCUGGUCAGUUUUGUCCCUCUUCUCCGUGAUCGGAUUUAUUCAAACAAUCAGUAUGCUCGACAGUUUAUCAUCUCCUGGAUCAUUGUGCUGGAAUCUGUUCCUGAUAUUAAUCUCCUGGAGUAUCUGCCAGAAAUCCUUGAUGGCCUUUUCCAGAUACUUGGUGACAACAGCAAAGAGAUCCGGAAGAUGUGUGAAGUUUCACUCGGAGAGUUCCUGAAGGAGAUCAAGAAGUUACCAGCCAGUGUUAAGUUUGCUGAAAUGGCCAAUAUUCUAGUGAUCCACUGCCAGUCAUCCGAUGACUUGAUUCAACUGACUGCAAUGUCCUGGAUGAGGGAGUUUCUGCAGCUUGCUGGUCGCGUGAUGCUUCCGUAUUCUUCUGGCAUCCUGACCGCUGUUCUGCCCUGUCUUUCCUAUGAUGAUCGCAAAAAGAGCAUCAAAGAGGUGGCUAAUGUAUGUAACCAAAGCCUGAUGAAGCUGGUGACUCCAGAGGAUGAUGACGAUACUGAUGAUCUUAGACAGUCUGAUGAGAACAGCACAACAAACCAGGAGACAGUCGACCAAGACUCCACCGAUAAACGGACGUUGGAUAAUGCCUCUGAUUCCAGCCUUGAUAACAUCAAUAUCUUUACUCCCAGUAGCUCCCAGUCUGGCCCAGUCACAUUGAACUUGGAUGGGAUUGUACAGGUGUUAGACCGGUACCUCCACGAACCUACCACUGGCAUGAUGACUCGAAUCUGUGUGCUGAAGUGGCUCUAUCAUCUUUACAUCAAGACACCAAGAAAGAUGUUCUGUCAUACAGACAGCCUGUUUCCUAUCUUAUUGAAGACACUGUCUGAUGAGUCUGACGAGGUUAUUUUAAAGGAUCUGGAAGUUUUAGCAGAAAUUGCAUCGUCUCCAGCGGGUCAAACGGAUGUGACCAAUGAGGCUGCUGACAUCCCUCAUGGAAUGUCUGAGCUGCACGUACCAGCCCCAACCAGAGGAGCCCAGACCAGCAGUACUGGUUCUCGAGGAUUGGAGUGUUCGCCAUCUACGCCGACAAUGAAUUUAUAUUUCCACCGGUUCAUGAUCAAUCUGUUGAAGCGGUUCAGCACUGAGAGGAAGCUCCUAGAGACCAGAGGAGCCUUUAUUAUAAGACAGCUCUGUCUUCUUCUCAAUGCUGAGAAUAUAUUCCAUGCCAUGGCUGACAUUCUUCUUCGGGAGGAAGAUCUCAAGUUUGCAUCCACCAUGGUGCAAAACCUUAACAGCAUCCUGUUGACAUCAUCAGAGCUCUUUCAGUUGCGGAGCCAGCUCAAAGAUCUGCAGACCCCCGAGAGCUGUAAUCUGUUCUGCUGCCUGUACCGCUCCUGGUGUCACAAUCCAGUGGCUACAGUAUCUCUCUGCUUCCUCACCCAGAACUACAAGCACGCUUACCACCUCAUUCAGAAGUUCGGGAAUCUGGAAGUGACUUUGGAUUUCCUGACGGAAGUGGACAAGUUAGUGCAGCUGAUUGAGUGCCCCAUCUUUACAUAUCUACGCCUACAGCUGCUGGACGUGGAGAGACACCCGUACCUGAUCCGGGCACUUUAUGGCUUACUCAUGCUGCUACCUCAGAGCAGUGCCUUCCAGCUCUUGUCCCAUCGGCUCCAGUGUGUCCCCAACCCUCAGCUCAUGCAGUCAGCGUCCUCAGAGUCACAAGUAUCAAGUACCCUAAAAGAAGAUCCUAUAAAGAUAGAUUACAAUGAGCUGCACCAACAUUUUGAAAAGGUACAGAACAAACAUCUAGAAACCCGGCAUCAGCGCACAGGAGCUGGGGAAAUUCUGGAGCGACGACUUGGCCAGUAACAAGCCAGGAAUCACUGAGCUCUCAGGAUUACAACCAGAUGUUCACACCGCAGCUUCUACCCUGGAUCUUAAAGGGGCAGUUCUACUCUAUAUCCCAUCU